AUGAUAAAAACUGCACUAUCCCUUGCAUUGUUUGUUGUGGGUCGUCGACUCUAUAUCAGUUUUCUGAUUAUCUUAUUUUUGUUGGACGUCCCAUAUGUAAGUUUGGGAGUAUUUGCAGAUUCCGAUGCGAAAGAGUCGGUAACACCCGGAGUUAGGUUUACUCUACCACCCGUUGUUGAGGGUAUACUGCCGUAUAUCGUUGAGAUGGUUGCGAAGAGUGCUAUCCCCACUCUGAAAGUCUCUCUUGGGGGCUCCAUGCCACCAAAAAACUCCUCUUGGAUGAAGUUAAAUAGCUGGGUUGUUAUUGCAAGUGUCAUCCUCGGCGUUCUUCUGCUUGCUACCAUUGCGAUAACCGUGUAUUUUGUACGGCGAGAUUUGCAACGGGUAAAAUAUGAGAAUGAUGAUGUUGAGGGGGAGGAGGAGGAAGAUGUGGCGGAGGAGGAGGAAGAUGUGGCGGAGGAGAGCGAGUGGGAAGAAAAUAGAAGUGAGACGGAAUCAUCAAGGCGUUCAGAAUGGUGA